GACGUGGGGAAGUCAUUGAAGCCAAUGAGCAUGACCUCGGCACGCACCUUCGCGUGACAGGUGCACUCCCGCCACACUCCAUCGCCACAAUACAAUACAACCCAAUCUUCUUUUCUCUCUCUUCUGCCCUAAUUCCCAUUUUCCCAACUCCUCCAUAACCAAUUCCAUCUUCAAAUAUUCCAAUUCCAAUUCCAAUUCUAUUCCUUUCGAUUCCUCUUCCUCUUCCCCCCACGGUUAGGAAAUUUUGUUGCUGGAAGAAUUGCUUAAGGGCAUAUAGCUGGUUUUGUGCACAUGGGAUCAGAGAGUGUGGCUCCAAUGGUUGAGACCUCGAAAAACAGGUCUUCUUCUGGUAAAAUGAACCAAGGGAAAGUCCCCAGGAAAAUUCACAAGGCUGAAAGGGAGAAAAUGAAGCGUGAGCAUUUGAAUGAACGCUUUGUUGAUCUUGCCAGUGCACUUGAUCUAAAUGAGAACAAUGGAAAGGCUUCUAUACUGUGUGAAACUGCCAGGUUGCUGAAAGACUUGCUCAGUCAGAUCGAGUCCCUCAAGAAAGAGAAUGUCACUCUGUUGUCUGAAUCUCAUUAUAUGACCAUGGAGAAAAAUGAGCUGAAGGAGGAGAAUUGUAGCCUAGAAACUCAAAUUGAGAAACUUCAAGGUGAGAUACAGGCAAGACUGGCUCAAUCUAAACCUGACCUGAAUGUACCUCCCCAUGAGCCACCGGAGCAGACAAAUUUUCCAGGACAGAAUCUCCAAUUGCAUACCAUAGAACCUAACUUGCAGCAAGGAUCUACGGUUUUGGUUGUCCCCUUUCAUCCCAAUCUUCAAGCUUCUUUUCCAGCUCCUAAUGUUACCGAGGUCACACCGAAAUCUAUGUCUGUAGUCAGUAAACCACAUGCUAGGUAUCCCACACCGGCAGAUUCAUGGCCAUCACAACUGCUUGGAGAGCAACCAACUUCAAGCUAAUUUGUAUUUUCUAGUGUUAUAGUUUCAGUAUUGGUUUAACAUGCCAACUAGCUUUCCUGAUAGCAAAGCCUCUCUGGAGCUUACAUGUAUAAAUUACAUUUAUUCAAUGAUCUAAGAGAGUCUUCACUCCUUUCUGUUAGAAAAAAAGGUAUAAUCAUUUUUGGUUCGAGUUA